GUUGUAUUUAUUUUGUUAAUGAAGGUUUGAGAGUACAGAAAGGAUUGAUGGCCGUUUACUAAUGGAUGAUUCAGCCUACAGAGGAACCAUAGGAGGUUGCUUUGCAACAACACUAGGAUCUGUACUGCAUGAACUCGGUCAUUGUUUUGACCUGGGACACACAGAAGAAGGAAUUAUGGGGCGAGGAUUUGAUGAUUUAGAUUUAUUCUUCACAUUAACAGAGGCUAAAGGACGAAUGAAACCUCGUCUUAAUCCCUGUUCUUCAUAUCAGAAUCAGGAGAUUAAUCUUAAUCCUCUCAGUCCCAGCUCUACCUCUGCUCCUGGGGACUUCAGUCCCAGGUUUACGAGUGUACGAAGAUCAGAUUCUAUCUCUAAAUAUCUUGAAGAGUAUACACAGAAGAGAAUCAGAAGUAUGAAAAAUCAGACCGCCUCAGGUUGCUUUUGGACAAGUUCGUCUUCUGUUAUUUUAUCCCGACAAAAAUGGAUGAACUCCACCCCGUGCUCAAAUAUUAAGGCUGAAUUACCGGAGCUAUCUGUAGUAUCCUGCUGUGAACUAGCUGCUGUAGAGAUACGAGGCGAAGGAGGAAUAGUACUGAAUAAUUGGACAAGUAUCUCCCCGGACACAGAUAUUAAGUUUUUCGCCGCUGGAGUAAAAUCUUCCUCAACGCUGGUUGCUGUCACCGAGUGUGGAAAUGUUAUCAAACAAUCAAUCAAUCAAUGGAGCUCCGGUUGAUUGAUCUGAACAUGAUAACAUUUUUAUCGAUCUAGUCAAUUACAAGUAAUCUAAUAUUCGAAAAUGCAUUGAAGGGAACUGUAUUUGAAUAAACCUUGACAUAUUGGA